UGGGCAAAGUUCAUUUGUAACUUUUUGCGACCGCUGCGGUAAACCAAACCUCCUGUCAUCGAUUUACUGAAGCGGUCCAUUAGUGAAGACAAUUCAAGAGUUUAUUAGGCUUAUGUUUAAAGGACAACAUCGGUCUACAGCUUAUUUUUGAGGCAGCAAAAAGUAAACAUCGAUGCACUUUCUGCAGACAUGAAAGUGUGCAUCAUUGGAGCAGGGGUCAUCGGUCUGUCCACUGCUCAGAGCAUCUACCAACACUUCCAUGACAGGGUCACCCCCCUCACCAUUGAGGUGUAUGCAGAUGUCUUCACUCCACUCACCACCAGCGACGGGGCAGCUGGACUCUGGCAGCCGUAUCUUUAUGACAAGGGGAACGUGCAAGAAACUAAAUGGAACAAAGAGACGUUCGACUAUCUGCUAAGCUUUCUCAGCUCUCCAGAAUCAGUUAAAAUGGGAAUCUUUCUUGAAUCUGGAUACAACCUGUGUACUGAACGUGCACCGGACCCUUCAUUUAAAGACACGGUGCUGGGUUUUCGUCAGCUGACUGGACGUGAGCUACAGAUGUUUCCUGGAUAUAGCCAUGGCUGGUUCAAUACGGCUCUUAUAAUUGAAGGAAAGACAUACGUACCCUGGCUUAUGGACUGGUUAAGACAAAGAAAUGUCAAGUUUUAUCAUAGGAAGAUUGGUUCAUUUAAAGAGUUGUCAGACAGUGGUGCUGAUGUCAUCAUCAAUUGCUCCGGUGUCCGAUCAGGAGAGCUGCAGCCUGAUCCUGAGCUCAAGCCAGGCAGAGGUCAAAUCAUUAAGGUAGAUGCUCCCUGGUUGAAGCACUGGAUCAUCACGCAUGAUUUCUCAGCAGGUGUUUAUAAUUCACCAUACAUUAUACCUGGGAGUCGUUUAGUCACUGUUGGUGGAGUUUUCCAAAUAGGAAAUUGGAAUCAGCAGAACAGUUCUGUCGAUCAUAAAGCGAUCUGGGAAGCAGCAUGCAAAUUUGAGCCCAGCCUACAGCAUGCACGUAUAGUAGAAGACUGGACUGGUCUUAGGCCCUCACGUAGCAAAGUUAGACUGGAAAGAGAAACCAUACAAUCCAGACCAAACUCAUUUGAGGUCAUCCAUAACUACGGUCAUGGAGGUUUCGGAGUGACCAUCCAUCGCGGAUGUGCUGAAGAAGCUGCUCGGCUCUUCGGAGAGAUCUUGAAACAGAAAGGCUUGCUAGCACACUCGAAAUCACGUCUUUGAUAGAUCAUCUGAAGUUUUCUCCCUAACCGUAUAGUCAUUGCUAUUCUGAUCCAAACAGACCAUCAAUUGAACGAAUUGUGAAAUUUGAUGUUAAUGUUCAAUUUGUAUUACAUGAACAAGGACGCAGAUAUUUCUACGGACCAAGACAAGCGCUACAUCAUAAUAGAGUUGAAAUGUCUAAUAAAUACAUUUUCACAUU